AUGAAAUCCCCAACAGGCUCAAGCUCAGCACACCACCAGCGACCAUUCCUGGUCAGCAGAGCAACGAACGAAAUCACACAGUUCCCCGCCUACGAAGACAUGGCCGCCACCUCCCCAUACUCCCCCGCGAGGAACCACUUCAGCAGCCCAUUCCACUCGCCAAGCCAGCACCAACACCACCAGCAACCCCUGCCAUCAUCCUACUCCCAGAACUUCUCAUCCUCAACCAUCCAGUCAGCCGCAGCCGAACCAGCAACCCAGCCUCCACUGCCAGCCGAGCCGACCUCAUUCAACCACCUCCUCAGAAACCUCUUCAUCCAGCACAAGCCCAGCCUCUCAAACCCCCCGCGAACACUCAUCCCACUCACCCUGCUCCUCUUCGCAGCCCAGCUCAUCUCCAUCAUCACCACCUUCUACGCCAUCCCAUUCCUCAUCAAGCUCGACCCCUCCAACCCCGCCCGAUUCAUCCUCUGGAUCGCCUUCCCCCUCGCCGGCCUGCUCGUCCCCAUCUACCUCGGCACCCACUCCGACCUGCGCACCCAACCCAGCCACCGGCGCACCUCCCCGAUCACCUAUGCAUCCCCCAUCCUCAGCUGCUCGCUCCUCUCCCUAUCCUUCUGCCAGCCCAUCGGAGCCCUAGCCAUCUACAUCCUCGGCCUCGACCCCGGCGACUGGGACCCGAACCGCAGGCUCAACAUCCAGGCCGCCGCGAUCGUCAUCGGAAUCGGCUCCCUCUACCCACUCACCUUCUCCCUCAGCGCACUCAUCCAAUCCACCCGCUCCCUCAUCCUCGACCAGAUCUCCGCCGAAAACCAGCCGCUCAUCAACAUCUCCAUCACCCGCCUCUCCAGACUCGCCGACUUCCUCGUCUUCCUCAUCGUCGCCGGCUCCCCCGCAGCCGAUCUCCACGGCCCAAACCAGCCCAACCUGCUCCGCAAACUCGUCGGGCUCUCGAUCCCCGUCCUGCUCCUGUGCUCGCUGAUCACCUAUGUCCACGAGACCGACCGACCCGCCUUCGCCCAACUCAAUCUCUUCAAACAGACAAUCGUCGAACUACCCAUCCCCAUCCGGCGGGUCUGCUACGUCGAAGUACUCAACUCGACCUGCUGGCUGACGAUCUUCUACCAUGCCAAGCCGCUCGUCUCGCGCUUCACGCUUGUCGAACUCACCUCCAACGGCGCCAAGCUCACCGAAUCUCUGGUCAGAUACGCCGAGCGACAGGGCACCAAAGCCAUGCUCAACUUCAGCAUCGUCUCCCUCAUCGCCGCCCUCCUCUUGCCCGCCCUCGCUACGAUCGCUACCACCGAAUAUCUUAUCACCCGUCGCGGGAAAACUUGGAAUAGGAUCCGCAGAGUCCUUGCUCAUGUCACUCCUAGAAACCUCCGGACUUUCGGCUUGUUCGUCUACGCGAUCCUCAUGUGCUCCACCUUCUCCAUCGAGACUGGCGCGGGCGCAAACCUGUUGAUCUCUUUCCUCGGCCUCUCAUGGACGCUAACACAAUGGGUUCCACUCUCGUUAGUCAUGGAAUACAUCCGCUCGAUCGAGGAGACGACGAUGGUCCGAGUAGAGGUAGCGGACGAUGGGGGGAGGAGUUCGCCGGUGCCGUCGAGCCCGCGGCUGCGGAUGCCGUUAGCGAAGCCCGAGCCGCGGCUGUCUGAGCAGUCUCCUCUGCUCGCGUCUCCGGCCCCGAACGAGCCCUCGGACCUGGCCUCGCUCCAUGCCUCGCGCCAAUACGCGACCGUCCGGGGCGGGACUUAUCUGGCUAUCUUCAACCUGGCCUCCAUCGUCCCUCACUUCCUCAUCACGAUCAUCACAUCGACGAUGUUAACGAUCGUCCAACUCAUCGAAUCCUCCACAGACCUGCGCGCUCUCGUCCACCCCGGGGGGGACUCAGACGGAGGAGGCGUGGGGUGGCCGAGCAAGACGCUGUGGCUCUUCAGACUCACCGGCAUCCUCGCCCUCCUCGCCGUCUUCUUCGUCUCCCAUUCCAUCGUCGUCCCUACCUCCGAGCUCGACUAUUGGGACGAGAUCCGCUUCCAGAUCUUCGAGGACUGCGCCGAUAGACUCGUCGUUAAUCAGGUCGAGGACGCCUAG